CAUAAAAAUGAGAUCGAGUCAAAGAGUACUGCAGCUUCAUACAAGAGUUGCAAUCCAAAAUUGUUAUCGUUUUAAUAAGUCAUUUCAGCAACAUAAUUAUGAAAUAUUUGUGAGGAAUUUUUAUGGUUCAGGAUCUCACAUAUCAAAACUUGAGCGUUUUGUGAGGGAUGAGUGUAAAUCAGGAAGGAUUAAGGAACUCGAUGAUGGGUUGAGAUACUUUGAUCAGUUGGUUUCAGAAAGGCCAUUACCAUCUAAUGAUACAUUUAAUCAUGUGUUGGGUUCGUUAUCUAAAAUCAAAUGUUAUUCAGAUGUCAUUUUGUUGUACAAGAAGAUGAGUUUGGUUGGGGUACAACCUAAUAUGUACACGCUCAACAUUUUGAUAAAUUGCUGUUGUACAUUAGCGAAAGUUGAUCACGGGUUCUGUUUGCUUGGAGAGAUCAUUAAAAGAGGUUACCAUCCUGAUACAAUCACUUUCAAUACACUGAUUAGGGGGUUAUGUCUUCAACAAAAGAUUGAUUUUGCAAUCCAAGUGUUCGACAAAAUGACUAAGACGGGUAUUCAACCUAAUGCUUUUACAUGUAAUACUCUUAUACAUGGGCUGUGUAAAACUGGUCAAGUGGGUCCUGCUCUCAAGUUAAAAAAUAACAUGCUUAAAUGGAAUUGCAGACCCGAUGUUUUUUCAUAUAAUGCCAUUACAGAUACUCUUUGUAAAGGAGGUUUACUUGAUCAAGCUAUGGUUCUCUUCACUGAAAUGCUUCAGGAUUCCAAUGUUGUACCCGAUGUGGUUGCUUACAAUAUUCUGAUUAACGGGUUUGGCAAUUCGGGCCGGCUAAAGGAAGCAAAGAGACUCUUCGACGAGAUGGUUAGUAGAGGAAUCUCCGCAGAUGUAAGGACGUAUACUUCUUUGAUUCACGGUCAUUCCCUACAUGGUCAAUGGAAAGAAGCAAGAAGAUAUUUUAAUGAAAUGAUGGAUCGAGGGAUUUCACCCAAUACGAUUACUUUUAGCAUCUUAAUAGAUUCGCAUUGUAAAGAUGGGAUGACGGAAGAUGCUUGGGGGUUAUUUAAACUAAUGGACAAGAUAAACAUACAGCCGAAUCGGAUUACUUAUAAUUCAAUGAUGGAUGGUCUGUGUUUGGUAGGCCGGUUGAAAGAUGCGGUGAAGCUGUUUGACUCUAUGGUAGUUAGGGGCAUUGAGCCAAAUGAGGUCAAUUACAAUGUGUUAAUUGAUGGGUAUUGCAAGGGUUGCAAGUUGGAUGAAGCUGUGCAGUUAUUCAAGAAGAUGAUAGAAAAUGGAUUAGAACCGACAGUAGUUACACAUAAUAUUCUUUUAAGGGGUCUAUUCCGAGAUGGAAGAGUUAAGAAGGCAAAUAAUUUGUUCAAUGAGAUGCAAACCUUUGGUCCAUUUCCAGAUGAAGUUACAUUUGGUACAGUGUUGGAUGGACUCUGCAAGAAUGGAAAAAUUGACGAAGCGGUAAAAAUGUUCAAAUCCAUGGAGGGGACAAGUAUCUCAGCUAAUACUCGCAUAUAUACCAUUCUUAUUCAUGGUUUUUGUCGGGCAGGCAAUUUGGAAGAUGCAAGAAAAUUGUUUGAUGAAAUUCCAAGAAAAGGAUUGGUGCCUAAUGUAGUAACUUAUACCACGAUGAUGGAUGGCCUCUUUCGAAGCAAGAUGUUAUUGGAAGCUAACAAAUUAAUCACGGAAAUGGAAGAAAAGGGUUGUUCACCAAAUGUUAUAACAUAUAAUACCAUCAUUAAGGGUUUUCUUACAACAAAGGAGACUGACAAGGCAUUGCAAUUUCUUACUAAGAUGCGUGAAAGAGAAUUCGUACCAAGUGAUUCUGUUGUUUCUUUGUUGACAAAAACUCUCUCGGCAGAUGAGCUAAAAAAAUCUGCUGCAGCAAUUUUUCCGGAUGGCAUUGAGGCGACAAGAAAAGUUCGAUCAAUAAGCAAAAAGGAUGUUGUAUAUUGCCGAGAAAUUAUACAAACCACCAAGUACUGCUGGGAUAAGAUAAUCGACCUUAUUGAUGAUCCAAAUUAUCCUACUAUUUCUAAACUGCUACAUCCAUGGGGAGAAAAGGUCUGGGACAAGUGUGUCAGGAUUACAGGUUCUCCUUCACCGGCACCAACGUUGAUGAUCGAUAACUCCCCUACACAAGCACCUGCAUGGCCCGAACAAUGUAGGAUUUCCAAAUCGAGUAAAGAAACUUUGACACAACUUAUGGUCACAAAAACUUUGCCAAGCAAGGAGGACAUUACAUGUUGCAUUGAAAUUAUUGGAACAGACAAGGAUUGUUGGCAUCAGACAAUGGAGAUUCUUGAAGAUUCUAAUUUCAAUUUUAGAGGUCUUAACAUACCUGAGCGCAUCACUGUAAUGGAACAACCCCUUUCCGUCGUCAGAUAUUUCCUGUCGGUAGAGAGCACAAACAUGCAGAUCUCCGGAUCCUCUUCAAAUGAAGAAAGCAUAUCAGCCUUAUUUGAAGUGCUCAAAGAAGGCGGUUUGCUUGAUCAAGCUUUGGUUCUUUUCUCUGAAAUGCUUCAUGAUUCGAAUGUUGUGCCCAAUGUAGUUGCUUACAAUAUUUUGAUUAACGGGUUUGGCAAUUCAGGCCGGUUAAAGGAGGCAAAGAGCUUCUUUGACGAGAUGAUUUGGGGGUUGUUUAAACUAAUGGACAAGAUAAACAUACAACCGAAUAGGAUUACAUAUAAUUCAAUGAUGGAUGGUCUGUGUUUAGUAGGUCGUUUGCACGAUGCGGUGAAACUGUUUGGCUCGAUGGUGGAUAAGGGCCUUGAACCGGAUGAUUUUAGUUGGAAUAUAUUUAUUGAUGCGUACUGCAAGAAUCGUAAGUUGGAUGGAGGUAUGCAGAUAUUUAAGAAAAUGAAACAAAAUGGAUCGAAACCCACAACAGUUACCUACAGUUUACUAUUAAGAGGACUAUACCAGGAUGGAGGAAUUAAGACUGCUCAGAAGUUUUUCAAUGUGAUGCAAUCUUUUGGUCUAUCUCCAGAUGAAGUUACAUAUGCUACCAUGUUGAAUGGGUACUGCAAGAAUGGAAAAAUAGCGGAUGCAAUAGAAUUGUUUGAAUCCAUGGAAAAUACUGGUAUCUCAAUUAACAUUAGCAUGUACAACAUUCUUAUUCAUGGUUUGUUUCAGGAUGGCAAGCUGGAAGAUGCUAGAAAGUUGUUUGAUAAAAUUCCAAGAAAUGGAUUAGUGCCUGAUGUAGUAACGUAUACCACAAUGAUCAAAGGCUUCUUACUUAACAGUAUGUUAUUAGAAGCUAACUCAUUAAUCAUCGAAAUGGAAGAGAAGGGUUGUUUACGAGAUGCUAGAGCGUACGAUACCAUCAUCAAUGGUUUUCUUGUAGCAAAGGAGACUGCCAAGGAAAUACAUUUUCUUCGCAAGAUGCUUAAACGAAAAUUUGCACCAAGUGAUUCUGUUGUUUAUUUGUUAGUAGACACCCUUUCGGCAGAUGAGCUUAAAAAUCUGUAGUUGUUCUUGACAUACCUUGUAACUAUUGAGGUAACAGCAGAAAUCUAAAUCUUCAUCGUGUGUCUACAUAUG